CCAAAGUGUGGAAAUGGCGUCCGAGAUCCCCAAGGGCCAAGCCAAGUAACUUGAAACAGACAAAGACCAGGUGGAAUAGUUGCCGGGAUCAAUUCUGCGUGAUUUAAAUGCCAAAGGCCAUAGUGGGGAAGACGGCUCCAAGAAAAGGCCCUACUUCUACACGGCCCAAUUGCAGUUUUUGCGGCCUGUGAUGGAUUUGAGGUCGAUUCCCGCCGCCGGAUGUCACCACCAAUCAGAUGAUUAGAAUCUUCCCGCUGCUGGACAGCUGACCAAUGAACAGCUGUCAAUCCACUGAAGACGUCCAAGACCAGCCGGAGCCGGAUUUUACCAGCAGAUCAUAGAAGUAACAAUUCUUGGCGCCAUCAACUUGGGGCUCGAUCAGUGGACUCUUCCCAACAACUCCGACCGAUUAAGGAGAGGGACCAGGACGCACAGAUGAUCUAAAAACAGCGCUGUUAAGGUUUUUACGUUACAACUGCAACAGCUAAAGCACAUAUCACCAUGGCAGUCGAAGUGUUCCAGAAGACGACAUUCUCUUCUGUGUAUCAAAAAUAUAUGAUCCCUGUCUCCAACGAAAUCUGUAAUAUGAUUCUAUCCUACAUGAAAGCAAAAACAAAUGGGCAGCCCCUUGGAAUGCUGGUGGAUGUUGGCUGUGGGACUGGACGCUACAUUUUAGCUCUAGCUCCUCACUUCGAGAAGGUCCUGGGAAUAGACAUUAGUGAAUCCCAAAUAAAUUUGGCUAAACAAAGUACAUCCGCAAACAACAAUGUGUCGUACAUGGUGGCUUCAGCGGAGAAUAUACCUGCGGAGAAUGAUUCUGUGGACCUGGUGCAUGCCGGACUUGCUGGACAUUGGUUUACAAUAGACAAGUUUCUCAAUGAGUCAGUUCGAGUACUGAAGACAAAUGGAUGCCUGGCCUUACAUGCUUUUUAUCCGGCCACUGAGAUUGAAUACAAGGAUUUGUCACGUGAUCUGAGCGAAGUAAUGUCAGAGGUUUGGGAUACUUUGCUCCAGCAUCUUCCAAAAAGCAUAAUACAACACGUGUCUUGCCAGUACCAAAGUAUAUACGAGGCUAUUCCACUAAAGGAUAAGGAAUUGAUCACUGAUAUACCAGUCACAAUGCAGAUGUCCAUUUCUGAAAUUAUUGGAUUUAUCCAGUCAAUUUGCAUGUUUGAGGCAUUCAUGGAGAAAGAUGCGAAAAAAGCAGAGCAGUUUCUUAUACAGACUGACAAAAGAUUCCGAGAGAUACUUGGAGAAGAGGCUGAUUCUGUCCGGCUGAAUGUGCUUGUAAAACACUACUGUGUCUUUGCUUGCAAACAUUAAGAUGGA